AUGGUUGAAGGGCAAGUACAACCACCACAAUCAUUGCAUGGGGAAGCAAGUGAGGCCACUUUCACAGAAUUUGGUAAUGGUCAAGUUGAACAAAAGGCAGUUUUAGUCGAGGAGAAAAAGUCGCCUUUAAAACUUGAAGAGACAAAAUUAACCCUGGAAAGACCGGACGAACAAAAGUACAUAGAUAAGGCACUUGUUGAUUCCCGUACAGCUGAAAAUAGCCGAGAAUCUGUGAAUGAUGUGCCUAUUAAUUUAAUUAAUGAUUCAAACAAUAUUUCGAGUAACCCGACUGAUAUAUUGGACCUUCAGGCUGCCUCUAUCAACUCGAAAUCACGAACUGAGCUCAUGAACCAACUUGCUUUGCGUGCAAAUAAGGAAGAAAACGAAAAUCGAAAGCGUACUAGUGAUCAUGUUCAGAAGAAAAGCGAAUCGCUUGGAAGAAAACUUGUAAAACGUUCGAGUAUGGAUAAAAAGUCGUCAAGGGAAAUCUCUCAAGGUGGAAGUGAUGUCAAUGAUGAGUGCGUGGCCGAGUCGAGCGCUCAUUCCAGACCGAAGACAGAUAAGCCAAGUGAAGAAGAGAUAAAAAAGAUAUACAAUGAUCUAUGGGCUGGAGUUGGUCUUUCUUAUGAUAGGUCUACAUUAAUUCUAAACUAUAGUCAUAUAAAGGAUAUCGAGAACAAAAAAAUCGAAAAGUUGCGAAAAGAAAGAGAUAAUUUAAGAAAGAAGUGGGAGGAGAACCAAAGGGUAAAUAAUAAUGAAGAAAAACCAAAAAAAGAUAGGUAUAGUCGGAAUCAGAAUUCCUCAAGAAAAAGUGGGCGACUGUCGAAGAAUGACCAUGUAAAUAGUGAAAGGUUUUCGAAGAAUGACUAUGUAAAUAGCGAAGCGGCUGUUGAGGAAAUUGCUAAGCAGAUUGAGAAAUUACACGAACAGCAACGCCGAGCUGCCGAGAUACCACCAAUGAUAAUAGGAGAGAAAAAUAGGAAUUAUGCAAAAUUCAUUGAUAAUAAUUAUCUUGUUAGAGAUCCGAUAGUUUUUUAUGGAUUCAACAAGGAUCUGGGAAAAGAAUGGACCGAAGAGGAGCACUCUAUUUUCAUGAAAUAUUUCAAACUUAAUCCAAAAAGGUUUGAGGAAAUAGCGAGACACCUGGAGAAAAAGAAAAGGAUUGAUUGCCAUAAUUAUUAUUAUUAUUUGAAGAGUAAAAAGGUCGAGAUUUAUAAAGAGCUAAAAAAAGCGUCAUCUUCAAAUAAAGGCGGCGGAAAAUCCAAGGAAGACUGUGGUGGAAAAAUCGGAAAAUCGGUUAAUCGUAAUAUUUUGGCAACGACGAACCCUGCCAAGGGCACAACAAGGAAAACCAGAUCGAAGUCAAUAGUAUCAGGUGUUCAACAAAAAACGGUUGAUAUUGUCGAUUUUUUACCUGAACAUCAAACAUCUGAAGAAAGUUCACACGUGAAGGUUGCAACCUCGACUGCUUCGUUGGUCGAUACCCGCCAAAACGAGGAUAUCUCGGAGAUUCGGAAAAAUAAAGACUUGUCAUGCACUAAUGGAGUUGUUAAAACUGAAGCGGAGGAUUUUGUGACUUCACCGCAAACGGCUUCUCCGCAAGUAUCCAUCGAAUCGUCUCCCACAAAUUUAAAAGAGGUUAUAAUACCGGGAUCUUCGUCUAUGCAAGCUUUUCAGGAGUCUGCCCUUAGAACUACAAACGAUGUCGAUGAAGCCGCUCACGCGCUUACAUUGUUAUCGCGUCAACAUAUAACGGAGGGUGAUGUUCCGUGCACCUCACAAAAAGAGAAACCAAUAAUAAAAGGGAAAAGCAGGACGAAACAGUGCGAAUCUUCAACGAGGAUCGAACGACCAUCACGAAAUUCAAUGCAUUCGACAGAUGAUCUUAAUAUUCCGAGGAGAAAAGGGACUUCGUCAUAUUGGAAUAAGUCCGAUGUUGAAAAAUUCAAUAACUCUUUUACGCAAUAUGGUACAGAUUUUAAAAAAAUCUCGGAGAUUCUUGAAACAAAAUCCGAAAUUCAAGUAAAAAAUUAUUAUGAGAAGCAAAUGUCGUCAGGAACACUUCAAAAGACCGUCGAAUCUCGGACCGAAAAUCAAGUACACGUAGAUCCAUCUCCAGUGCCGGUCGCUCAACCUGCUGUUAAACCUAUUGGUCAAUCUUCGGACAUCAAGUUAGAAUCUCCAACGUUUCUCGGUCAAAAUCUUAGCACCGGAGUUUAUGGUAGCGGUCGUCUUAGCGAUACACCAGUACCGAUUGAUCCGCCGAAGCCAUCUUACACUCGACCAAGUUCUUCGAUAUCGCAUCUUCUAAACCCGCCGACAGAUGAAAAUGUCUCCAAUUUUCAAAACUGGUUCAAUGACUCCAACUGCGUGGACCAACCUCAAGAAAAUCCAAUGGUUAUUGAUUUAGAAGCGGAAGAUGAACCGGAACCAGGACUAUCCGAAUCCAAAUCAGCGGCUAAGCCUCGCCCAUCACCCAUUCAAUUUAAUCCUGCCGGUCAUUCCCAAAGGCAACAAACCAUUUCGAACACUCCAGGGCACCAACAGCAGCAAAAUAUGCCUAGAACAAAUAUUGCCUCCCAACUCCACCCCACGCAGAGUUGGCAAAACACGCAACAAGCACAGAUGAAUGCAUUUUUGCUGCAACCAAUGAGUAUGCAAGCGGGUUCACUUCCGCAGGUUCCUCAACAAAGGCUGUGCUACACGACGAAUCCUCAACAACCAUCGCAUCAAAGUCAACAACACGUUAUUCCACAACCACAGGCACCAAAUAGCAUGCUGCAAAACACAUCAACAUCGAUGCUGUACCCUGCGAAUCCACAAAUAUAUUCUGCCGUGCAACACGAGUAUAACCCGCCAAGAUUUGGUUUACUUGUUGCCACAGAUUCUCAGGCGAAUGUCAAUGGCCAGCAGGCUGGUGGUUCUAGUCAUCAUUCAAAUCCUCACGGUGAUUCGAACGCAGUGAAAACGAUGCCUCAAAUUCCACAAUAUCCUCAACGUAGAAAUUUGACAAAUAUGGAGACACCGAGGGGCACAUAUUCGACGAUGCAAACCUCUCCCACAAGCUUUCAUCCAAGACCGUUUGAAAACUAUGGUAAUGCGCCGGCUAUUAUUGCGCCGACGACUCCGCCCGAAAACACACAAGCCCGCUCGUCCAACUAUAGAGUCCGUUCGUCAGAUCAACAUCAGGUGGAUCGUAAUCAAAAUUCUGGAUCCCCGGCUUAA